AUGGGAAUAUUUAAUUACGCACGACAACUUGAAUUAGGUGCAAAGGGAGCGAAGGAGAUUGAAUCGCCGAAUGGACGCCUCUACCUCCGGCGUGAUAGCGACGGAAGCCAGCCUUACGGGGAGGAAGAAAAGGACUUUCGAGUCGGGGAGCUACACCCGGAUUCCGCCCUGUCAUCUUCGCACGCGUCGCCAACACAUUUAUGCGACGGUUCGUCGGCCGUGCCAGGGAGACGAGAACGCGAGGUUGCCUUCCCCCGCGGCCGAAGGCAGAAAGAGAAGAAGAACGACGCAUGUUACGAUCCGGUGGCGAAUUCUAGAACCGAGACGGCCGUGCCUCCCACUGAUGGUGUUACGGCAUGUGCCUCGGGACACGAGAGGCCGGAACGGGCGGGCGGGGAGCGUGGUACUUGCGGCGGGGACAGUAACCCAAUUGAGACCGAGCGGAAUGAACUUCAAAUGCUCCCACGACGAGACGGGGGGUGGACCGAGGAAAAGAAAGAGCAAGAUGGCGAGGGGCACGCUAUUUGCGACGGCGGUGGCGCGGCUGACCGCCAGGGAACUCGAGAGCAGUUGGCGUCGGCAGCGGAAGGGAAGGCAAGGGACGGAGAGGAUGUCGUCCGAUCUCGCGAUGAGAAUGGUGCACUGCAUGAGCUGGGCGCAAACAAUGGAGAUACUACUGGCCAGGGCCCAAACGAGGUUCGAAACGCCUCCACUAGUGACAUUGCUGCUGGUGCUCCUGCUCCUGCGGAUGCUGCUCCCGCAGUCACGGUGGUCGAAGCGGAACAACCAGACGCUGGUGGGGUGGAAACCAACAGCGUAGUGGCAUCUGGGAGCGAGGCGGCGGUGGUGGCGAUGGCGGUGCGCCCGCCAGGGGUGCCGUGUCGACCGGGGUCCUUGCGUUUGUUAUCUGAUAAACGGUUGUCGGAAGCAAGAAACCGGCGGGGCGGGAUGUUCCCGGCGUGCCGGCCGCCUCGCGGAGGAAGCUCGGUCGCGUGUCCGGUGUGCCUGGAAGCCUUUCAAGCACAAGACGUCGUUACCCUCGUGACGUGCGGACACGCAUUUCAUAGGAGCUGUAUUGAGCGAUGGCUCGAGCGCAGUGCCCGCUGCCCAUGCUGCAGGUGGAGUCUCGCUUGGACUAAUCGUGGAUGUUGUCCAAGAAUGGGCAUCUAG